CCUUGGCUGAACUUAAGGGCCUGAUGGCAGAGACGGCCAAAGAGGCUGCUCGGGCUGCUCUGAAAGAAGAUCAAGAGAAACUCGCCUCUCAAUCUCAAGCUGCCUCAGGUAUGUUCGGAGCUAGGAGAAUAAUACAUAAACUGCAGCCUACUAUAGGCACCAACGCCGGGCAGCGUAGCAGCGCAGGACAUAAGAAUAAGUUAUCAAGACAGCAUGCAUGUGCUUGUAGUUACAUACGCACUGGUGUAGGUAUAGCCACGCAGCGAGCAGCAAUGCGCCAGAAGCGGUUGGACGCUUAUAACCAGAGACAGUCAAGGCUAUAAACUCGAGGUUAUACUUGCAGUCAGAUGCACGUGUCGGCAUUCAGAAAAGGUAAGCAGGUCGGCUCUAACAGCGCCGCAAGACUUAACUUAGUUAAUAACGCGGCGUCACUUAUUCAGCUAGGGUCGGCAGCAGUCGGCCCGAGUCGGCUCUAGCGGCGCGGACGUAACUUAGUCAAUGUCUGUCUAACAGCUGGAGCUGGGUAGUUCCGCAAAACGGCAAUUAGCUUUGACUAUAGCUGCACGGCGGAUCAAGUGACUACAGCGGAAGAAGGGUGAUAAAUAACUACGUCCGGCGGGCAAGUCCGCUACAUCCACUGUGGUCGGUGAGUAAGGGCAUGUCUCCACUUGCGCUGCUUUAAACUAGUUCAGCUUUAAACAUGUUUAGAACUUAAACAUGUUUAGAAAAGAAGCGUCUCCACCUAUUGCGCUAGUACCGGAACUCUAGAAUAUUAUCCGGGAUUUCUUCUUUGAUCACGAUGUCCAAUUUGCACAAUUCGUGGGUGGAAGCCUGUAAGAAUGCGUUGGAGUGCAACACAUCCAUUGUAGACAACACUUUGGUUUUGGGAGAGGGAAGUUCGAACUCUGGGGGAGAAAGGCGUCGCUCUCCUAUGUGGACUGUGGAUGAAACGAUCACCUUAAUUAAUAUCUGGGGCCAGAAUGAAAUGCAAAGGAGGUUACGAGAAAUGGGCAGAAAUCGUCCAAUUUGGAACGAUAUUGCAAGGGAACUAGAGGACAAUGGCUAUUUUAGAACUUGGGAACAGUGCAAGAGCAGACUACACAAUUUGGAAAGUCGUUAUAAGAAGAUUAAAGACGGGACAGUAAAAAAAACAGGCAGGGGAGGGGUUGUGUGGCCUUACUUUGAUAUCCUGGACAAGAUACUAGGAACAAGGAGAUCAGUUGCUCCAGCUGUUCUAAUUGGGAGCAUGCCAGUAGAUGAUGACGGACAAGAAGAAGAUUCCAGUGUGGUGGUGCCUGACAGUGACAAAGAAGACAAUGCCAGUUUUUCUAGCUGCAAAUUAGACAGCGAAGAAAGUACCGUCAUGAUCUCAUCCAGGUCUACAUCUCAUGAGCAGACACCUAUUAGUAGGUCUGGAGUUGAGGAUGAAGAGGAAGGCUGCAAUACAGAAAGGGAUGUUGAUGCCACUGCUGCGUUGAAGAAAGGGAAAGGAAAACGUAAAAGGACUGAUGACACAGGCAGGACUGCGGGACAAAAGAAAAUGAAAGGCAGUGGUACAGAGAAGAAAACAAGGAAUGAGCACCUCGUACAAUUACUGACCACUAAACUCAAAGAGAUGGAUGAUGAUAUGUUGGAAAAGGAGGCAGCAAGAAGAGAGAAGGAGGAGGAGAGUAGAAGGCAGUGGGAGGAAGAACAGGAAAGCAAAAGAAUGACAUUCAUGAAGGACAUUAUGCAUGGCUUCUUUGAAGCCAUGAAGAAAUAAACCAUUGAAGUGUUUUUUGUCAAAGCUGUUGAGAGUUUCAUUAUAAUUAGUCAAUGUCACAUCAGAUACUCAGCUA